UUGUGACUUGUUACAUUGCUCGAGCAAUCACAUCUCUCUCUCUCUCUCUCUCUCUCUCUGUGCAAGACUCCAUAAUCUAUUCGUACCUGGACUUGGAUCUGGUACGGUCUAAUUAUAGAACAUUUGAUACGUGUAAUAUGAUACAAUUUUACGAUGGAGAUUUGGGUUUUGGUUGGUCAGCUGACCUGAAGCUGCCGUGUGAAGACUUGUAUUGAUUCUAUUGAAUAGAUGCCCCUUCUUGCGAUGGUUUUUUGUUGGGUUUCUCUGAGAAAUAUCCAAGGAAUUGGAAUCUGCUGAAGUUUAGGAGCUAAGUUCGUGGGUUCCGACAGUUGAUUGAUAAUUAAAGUGAAUUGUAUCAUCGUUUUCAUUGUUUUGGAGCAAUGAAGUGUUUCCCAUUCUUCAAUGGAGACAAAAAGGAUGAGCCGAAGAGCACACAGUCAAUGCAGUCCACCAACUCAACUUUUACCGAGGGUGAAGUAAAGAGAGCUGGAUCCGAAUUAAAUUCUCAGAAUAUCUCAAACACUAGUACAGAAUCCAUAAGGAGGAACUCAUAUCCUAGUUUGGCCCAAAGACCCAGCAACCUCAGAGUGUUUACAGUGUCUGAGCUGAAGUCUGCCACCAAAAAUUUCAGCCGUUCUGUUAUGCUUGGAGAGGGUGGGUUUGGGUGUGUUUAUAAAGGGUUCAUCAGGAGUGCAGAAGAUCCAUCUACAAAGAUUGAAGUUGCAGUGAAACAGCUCGGUAGAAGGGGAAUACAGGGGCACAAGGAAUGGGUGACAGAAGUUAAUGUUCUUGGGAUUGUUGAGCAUCCUAAUCUUGUGAAACUGGUGGGCCACUGUGCAGAGGAUGAUGAAAGAGGAAUCCAGCGGCUUCUGGUAUAUGAAUAUAUGCCUAACGGAAGUGUUGAACACCAUUUAUCCACUCGGUCGGAGACACCUCUUACAUGGGCCAUGAGAUUAAGAAUAGCCCAAGAUGCUGCUCGUGGCUUGACAUACCUACAUGAAGAAAUGGAUUUUCAGAUCAUUUUCAGGGAUUUCAAAUCGUCUAAUGUCCUUCUGGACGAGCAUUGGAAUGCGAAGCUAUCAGACUUUGGAUUGGCUAGGUUGGGUCCUCCAGAAGGAUUAACCCAUGUCUCCACAGCGGUUGUUGGAACCAUGGGAUAUGCAGCUCCUGAAUAUGUUCAAACCGGGCGUGUUACAUCCAAGAGUGAUGUAUGGAGCUAUGGGGUAUUCCUGUAUGAACUCAUCACCGGUAGGCGUCCUUUGGACCGAAAUCGUCCCAGGGACGAGCAGAAGCUCUUAGAAUGGGUAAAGCCAUUCCUAUCAGAUACGAAAAAAUUCCACCUAAUACUGGAUCCAAGGCUCAAAGGGAAAUAUCCCCUAAAGUCGGCACAAAAGCUUGCAAUUGUAGCCAACCGGUGUUUGGUCAGACACCGGAAGAAUCGCCCAAAAAUGAGUGAGGUGCUGGAAAGGGUGAAUCGGAUUGUUGAGACGUCAAUGGAGACUGGAAGCCCUGAACUACCCCUAAUGAGUCUAGCAUCGGAGGAAACUUCUUCAGACCCUAAAGCCAAGAAUAAGAAAAGGAUUAUGGACUUGAAAAGUGGAGAAAGUGGUUGGUUUGCUCGCAUGUGGACACCAAAGCCUUCACAGAAAUGCUGAUUGCAGUAGCUUUGAGCAAAGUAGGCCGGGUUAUUCUUUUGUGGUUGUGGUCAUAUAACUUGGGUGAUCUGAUUUGAGGCCUCAAGGUUCAUCAUGAAUAGACUCAAAGAGUUACUUUCUCUAUAGUUUUGAUACAUAUUACAGUAUAUAAUGUCCCUCCCUCCCAUUUUUUAACGCUACCAUACCUCAGAGAUGCCAAAAGUGGUUACUAAAGCCGUCAGUGUAAAUGCCAAUAAGCUUCCAAGUAGAUGCUCAUUGCUGUGCCUGACGCAGAAGAGGAUUAGGCUACUUAUUUUUGGUACUUGGAGAAGCCUGUGAGAGAUGUUGAUAGUUAAUUACUAAGUGUAAACAGUUUAAUUCAAGUUCUAUACUAAUGGAAACAUUGUUGCAUUGUAAACAGUUUCUUUAUUUUGCACAAUUAUGUAGAAUGAUGAAGUGGAAUUUGUGAAUAAAAUUGAGAAAUAAGGGUUUGUUGCACUUUCCA